AUGCCAUACCAAAAUGGUUUCGAUUCAUACUCUAAAGAUCCACCAAGUGAAAUCGAAGAGUUCAAUUCCUCAAUGAGAUGGGCAGUAGCAGGCUCAAUUGUUUUAGGAUUGGUGACAACGGUGGCAUUAGUAGCUAUUAUAUAUGCCAUCAUCGACUGCUUGAAGAAAACAGGAAGUGCAAUUCCAGCUUACGCCCGGAUUGCCACCAAUGAGAUUGUUGGUAAAGCAACAAUGCCAGAAGGCCCAAAUCCUUUAUCUGAGCAGCAUGUGGCAAUCGCUGUGGAACCCGAAUUCCCAGUGAUUCCAGACUCACAGGUUGAAUUUGCAACCAUGGAGAGAUUCCUUAGUGCCUAUGGAGUGGUCUUCAAAGGAAACUUCCCAAAUGGAAUACAAGUAGCUGUUAAAGUUCUGACAAAUCAUUCAAAUAAGAAACUUGAAGAGCAGUUCAUGGCAGAAUGGCUCCCUAGAUGGAUAUGGGAUAUGUACAGAAAUAGCGAACUGCCUAUCAUGCUGUCACUCUGUGGGAUUGAAGAAAAGGACAGAGAAAAGGCAAGGAGGAUGUCAAUUGUGGCUCUCUUGUGCAUUCAACAUUCACCAGAUGCUAGACCUCUAAUGAGUGAUGUGGUUAAGAUGUUGGAGGGAAACAUGGAAAUAAUCAUGCAGCCUGAAAAUCCAUUUGAGUAUCUGGAAUCAACCCAGCCGAAUUACGCUCUUAAUAUGGGAAGCAGUGAAGACUUGAGUACAUCUACAUCAACAACAAAUCCUUCCCAACAAUCUCAUUGUAAACCUAAUAUGAAUGGAAGGUUUGAAAUUGAGUUAGCUAGCAAAUGUUAG